GGCGCCCCAGCCAACCCCCGGCAGGUUCCAGCCAACCCCCGGCAGGGGCGCGAGCUGUCUGGAGAGGGGCAGCCGGUAUCCAUGACAUGUCCUCUGGCGGCGGCUCCCGGGGCCUCCUGGCGUGGCUUCUGCUCCUUCAGCCCUGGCCCGGGCAGAACUGGGCGGGCAUGGCGGCGCCACGCCUCCCGUCCCCUCUCCUCUCAGAGGAGGGCGGCGAGAACCCCGAAGCGAGCCCGGCUCCAGGACCUGAGGCGGGCCCCCCACUCAAUCUGUUUACGUCCUUUCCAGUGUGUGGCCGAACCCCUCUGAGAAUCGUGGGAGGAGUGGACGUGGAGGAAGGGAGGUGGCCCUGGCAGGUGAGCGUGAGGACCAAAGGCAGGCACAUCUGCGGCGGCACCCUGGUCACCGCCACGUGGGUGCUGACGGCAGGCCACUGCAUUUCCAGCCGUUUCCAUUACAGUGUCAAGAUGGGAGAUCGGAGUGUCUAUAAUGAAAACACAAGUGUGGUGGUCCCAGUCCAAAGAGCUUUUGUCCACCCUAAGUUCUCAACAGUUACAACCAUUCGAAAUGACCUUGCCCUUCUCCAGCUCCAACAUCCUGUGAAUUUUACCUCAAACAUCCAGCCUAUCUGCAUCCCUCAGGAGAAUUUCCAGGUGGAAGGAGAGAAACUUGCAUCAGAAAUUCUUCAGGAGGUGGACCAAUACAUCAUGUGCUAUGAGGAAUGUAAUAAGAUAAUACAGAAGGCCUUGUCAUCUACUAAGGAUGUAAUAAUAAAAGGGAUGGUCUGUGGCUAUAAAGAACAAGGAAAGGAUUCUUGUCAGGGAGAUUCUGGGGGCCGCUUGGCCUGUGAAUAUAAUGACACAUGGAUCCAGGUAGGGAUUGUGAGCUGGGGCAUUGGCUGUGGUCGCUGAGGGUUGCCUGGAGUUUAUACAGAAAUUGGUGUCUACAGUAAGUGGCUGAUUGCAGUGGUGGAUCAGGCUACCUGUUUGUAUCCAGCAGUGUUCCUCAUCUUAGUCCUGCAUUUGGUGCUGCCCCUGGGCAUCCUGGUGGCCCAGUGAUCACCCCAGCCCACUCCCCUUUUGUUUCUGAGUCUCAUACUAGGCCUCUCCUCCAACCUCCCACUCCUUCUCAAUGCCGUUUCUGAAAAUCCCAGUUGGAAUCCACGGGCCCUCUGGAGAUCCAUACAAUAGGGCACAGCAGGGAGACUGGGGCCUGGAAAGUGCCCCUGCCUGGUGCUCUGGUCACCUGCCUCAGCCAUGCCUGCACCAGGGCUGUGCUCUGGCUAGUGGGAAGGAGGGGGUGAACUAAUUCCAGCUAGAGGACCAGCCUCCCUGCCAGGUAGGCCACAGUGACUCAUCAGUAUCUGGGGGAACAUCUAUCAAAGAAGAGACAUCAUCAACAGUGAAGCAAGUGUUAGAUGUGGUUCUGGUUUCAGGGCUCCCACCUAAAACUUUGUGAAACCAGCCAGCUGGGUGAUUGCUCGGCGUGAAGGAGGCAUUACCAGGUCCCUGCAGAGGUGUGAGGCCUGGGACUUCCACUCUAGGCUCAGUUGUCUGGGGCUGGGAGAAGUUCCCCUGCAGCCCAGUGUGGAUCCAUCUGUGAGUGGACAGCCUCUGCCACACUAACUCUCUUGGGGCAACCCAUUCUUGGCACCCCCUUCCUCGGUGCCCUAGUGGCCACUUUCAGGGACACUACAAGUUGUAUUGAGGCAGUUAUGGAGUGCAGAGUUUUCAGAAAUCAACUAAAUAAAUGUUUGGAGAGUCUCCUAUGUUC